UGUUCGAUGGUCUCCGCUACUACUCUCUUUGACUGACGUACUUUGAACCUUCCCCCGUGGCGAUUUGUGUUCUACGUCUUCACCCUCCCUUCCAACCACUGCUUCCUCUCCCUUGUCCCAGCCUUGGCUGCAUCUCUCUCCCACUCCGUUCUCCCCUCUCGUCCCAGAAGCCUCCGCGUCUUCCAUUCGAGCUCUGAUUGAGAGGGACCCCCGAAAGAAGAGUUUUUCUUUUCACCCUCACUGAGCUAGACCCGUCAGCUCCCUGCAAUCAUCAUACCUCACCAACCUGACCUCCCAAUCCCCGCCUGCUCUCAUCUACCUUUAAUUCUCGGAGACCCUUUCGUUUCUGGCAUGCUAGCGGACCCUCCACCUUACUAGCUGUCAUACAUGUAACAAUGGCACAACCCGAUCUCACAUCGCAUCACGUCAAUUACCUAAUAUGGAGGUAUCUUCAAGAGUCAGGGCAUGGGGAGGCCGCACUGACUCUGCAGCGCGCGUGGAAUCUUGAUCCGCAGAGUUUGUCAUUUGCCCCGUACAUCAAAACUCAUGCUCUGGUAUCCCUGGUCCAAAAGGGUCUCCAAUACCAUGAGCUCGAGCAUUCUGUCGACCCGGAUGGAAAUCCUACGGCGUUCACAUCGUCUGAUUAUUUCUUCGGGCCAGCGCCGCUGGAACCGGAGCCGGAAAAGGGUCGCAGUGGCCCCGGGGAGGCAGGCGUUGGCACAGACCAGGCGCCUGUCUCGCCUACUACUAGCAAAGUUGCGCGAGACGGCGGCGUGAUCAACGGUCACUUGACAGCCGAGGCCGCGGUACCCCAGCCCGCUGCCAGCACCAGCGUCAAGAAAGCCCGUAAAAGCGACCGCGGGGAAGCCAACGGAGAUGAAGUCCCUAUGGAUGUUGAUUCGAACGGAGUGGCGACUGAAAAUCCACCAGCAGCCGACGGGUCUCCAGCAACGGCUGAGAUGGCGGUGGAUGGUGACGGAGAUGUGAGCAUGGGCAUCCGACCGGAUUCGCAGGACCAGGAACCACCCGCCGCCGCGCCGCCGACCUUCACGUUAACCACCGGCCACAGCGUUGGCGUCCAGAUCACCCCCGCCAAGGCGGCCGACCUUGGGCCCGACACCGCCAUCCUCGAUGUGGCUAGUGCAGACCACGUGACCCGCGCCCUGUGGCGCCCCAAGGACCCUACCGUCGUCGUGGCCGCCGGCGACUCCUUCUGCAGUUUGUGGAAGCUGUCGUCGAGCGCGGCUCCCGUGCAGGAGAAGCUCGUGGAGAACAAGGGGGACAGCACCUGUGUCUCGGCAGUCGCGUGGGACCCCCUGGGCCAGAAGCUGGCGGUGGCAACCUACAAUGACAUGAGAGGUUCGAUCACCAUGUACGACGUCUCGGGGAAUGCCGUCGAUCUUCUACCCGAAGUCCCUCGGAUGAUCACAGGACUCCAUUGGGCUGAGAGCGGGUCUCAUUUGAUUGUCGUCGCUUCAGACAGCAGGAUAUCCGAAUUGGCUCUGUGGGACGACUCCUUACGCCCUGACGAGUUCCCCUCUCCUCAUGUGGUCGAUGGUUCGAUUUUUGAUCUUUGCUGGCUGGGUCCCAAUCAAGCGUUUGCUUCUGGUAAUGGUAUUGUGUACCAGUGCGACGUUGAUUCGAGCAUCCAUGUCUCGAAGACAUUCUCAUCUGGCAAUGACCGACCCUGGACAUUCAUCCGCUGCGUUAAUGCCGGCACUUCGUCCGUCGCGGUGACCGCGUCGUCUGCAAAUGCCACUCUGUGGGUACCCACUCAUGAUAUUCUUGUCGAUGGAGCGCAUGAAGGUGAUAUCACGGCAAUCGAGCUCAAGCCCAACAUGGAACAACAACCACUCCAAUCACUGGUCCUGGCCUCCUCUUCUACUGAUGAUACAGUCAAAGUGUGGCACAUUGAUCUGGAGUCGAAGACCUUCAAUCUUAUCCACCGCUUGUUCCUUGGACCGACGUCGCCUGCUCUUGCCAGCACUUUCUCCCCUGAUGGAUUCGCUCUUGCUGCCGCUAGUAAAGAGGGCCUUUUUAUUUGGAAUGCACAACGAGGUGGCACUCCGCUGGCUACCUGGAAAGCACCAGAACGCGAAGAGAGGAAAGAGAAGAAAGAGGACGACGAGAUGAGUUCCGUCGUGAAUGGACAUAAUGGAACUGUGGAGUCGGUGCCCGAUCGCAGUCUAGCAUGGGACACUGAUGGCAAAAAGCUUGCUUUCGGUUUUGGUAACCAGCUUGCAAUUGUAAACCUACAACGCUGAUCUUGACCGGCGAGCAUUCGAGCCGGCCUCAUGACGAUUUCUUAAUCUCCGAUAGUACAUUGAGAACAUGGUAAAUAGCCAUCUGAUACAUUUCCCAUUUAUUCUUCUGCGGCGAAGGCAGGCCGGACUUAUCACCAAGCGUCGGUAUCACCUCGGGCUAGUCUCUCCGCUCCCGGUCCUCGGCAGGCCCCGAUGUGCCGUGUUGUGGGAGCGUGACCGGACAGCAUCGCCUCAGCCCUCCUACACCUCCAUUACAAUAAUCAUUAGUUCUUUUUCGAAGGAUUUGG